GCAGAAUCCCAGGAGAAAGAAACCUGCAGUAUGUCAAAAACCGACAAGCAGCCAUCACUAGCCUUCGGUCAGGUAGUGAUUGGGCCGCCCGGCUCCGGAAAAACCACCUAUUGUCAUGGCAUGCAGGAAUUCCUGUCUGCAAUUGGGCGCAAGGUUGCUGUGGUGAAUCUGGACCCAGCAAAUGAAGGGGUUCCGUUCCAGUGUGCUGUAGAUAUCUCUGAACUGAUCACCUUGUCUGAUGUGAUGGAGAAUUUGAAACUUGGCCCCAACGGUGGCUUAAUCUACUGCAUGGAGUACCUAGAGGCGAAUUUUGACUGGCUACAGGAGAAACUGGACCAACUGAAAGGACAUUACUUCUUAUUUGAUUGCCCCGGACAAGUGGAGCUCUGCACCCAUCAUAGUUCAUUGAGAAACAUCUUUGCUCAACUUGCUAAGUGGAAUUUCAGGCUGGCUGCUGUUCAUCUGGUAGAUUCUCAUUACUGCACAGAUCCUGGCAAAUUCAUCUCUGUUCUCUGCACUUCCCUCGCCACAAUGCUGCACGUGGAGCUGCCCCACAUCAACAUCCUCUCCAAAAUGGACCUCAUCCAGCAGUAUGGGAAGUUAGCAUUUAAUCUAGAUUAUUACACAGAAGUUCUUGAUCUGUCCUACUUAGUGGAUCACUUGGCUUCAGAUCCGUUCUUCAAGAACUACCAACGGCUGAACAAGAAGCUGGUGGGAGUGAUUGAAGACUACAGUCUGGUCUCUUUUGUUCCUCUCAAUAUCCAGGACAAAGAAAGCAUGCGGUGUGUGAUGCAAGCAGUGGACAAAGCCAACGGUUACUGUUUUGGGGACUCUGAACACAGAAAUCUCAACGUCUUGAUGUCUGCAGCAAUGGGAGCUGAUUUUCAUUUUACAUCCACCCUGGCAGUCCAGGAGAAGUAUGUGCAGCCACAGGAGAAAACGGUGGAGCAGGAAACUUUAGACAUGGAACAUGCCAGUAAUGGCAGCCACUGAAGGAGGGUGGAUCAGCCUGCCCAAAAUGGUCUCCCAGCAAGAACAGCAGGGAUGUGCGUGCG